AUUUCAUUUUUAUGUAACAGGAAGCGAUGUUAUAAAACAAACGCGCUGCGCUCUCUGACAGUGAGGAGCCGACAAGUGAAUUUAAAGAUACCCUCUGGAUCUUCUUCAUAUCAGUCAUCAUGUUUAAAGCUGUGGGACAAGUUCUGUUUUCUUCCGGACUACAGAACCCUCCAUUCACCGCAGCUGAGAAACAGGGAGAGGACUAUGAGAUCCGAACCUACCAUGCCACUAAGUGGGUGAGCACCACUCUGAGUGGGAUGCAGUGGGACCCAGCCAUGAGUACUGGUUUCCGCAGGCUUUUCAGCUACAUUCAAGGCAACAACAAAAACAAGGCGAAAGUGGAGAUGACUGCUCCUGUAUCGUGUCGUGUGGACCCUGGAGCCGGCCCUGCAUGUGAAUCUCAGUUCACUGUCUCUUUCUUCAUCCCAGAAGAGCAUCAGGAAAAUCCACCAGAGCCCGGCGACGCAGAGGUGUUUGUUGAGCACAGGAAGGAGUUCACGGCUUACGUCAGGACAUACGGUGGUUUCUCAAACGAGACCUUGAAGCGCCAAGAGCUCCUGAAACUUCUGGAGAGCCUGCAGAGAGAUGGAGUGCCGUACGUAGACAAGCCGUUCUACGCAUGUGGGUACGACAGUCCCUUCAAACUGACCAACCGCAGGAACGAGGUGUGGGUGUUCAAGAAGGAGCCGGAAUAGGACGUUUAAAGGUCAAAUCUAACCCUAACGUAGUCCUUUUACAUAUUACAUAAUAAUUAAUAAGAUUGAUUGGUAACAUUUGGACAGCUGCAGCGCUCAUAAUGAAACAAAGGGACUAAAAAUAAAUUAAAUAUAAUAAUACUACUUGAAGAAGUAGUUUUGAAUGUAAUACUAACAACCAGGAUUUACAAAAAAGGCUUCCUACUGUCUGAUUACUUCACUGCCUUUCACUACAAGUUACUGAAUUAUAGACUGACUACAGAAGUCUUUAUAUGGAGAACAAGCUCUAAGAAAUAAAGGUGCAGUGACACAAUAUGUCCAGCAGGUGGGGCUGAGUAGCCAGGAAAUACAUUUCUCAUUUGAUGCAAUUUGUAAUGACAAAAACCACAAGUGCCUCUUGUUGUUCUGCUUUUGUGUAUAUGUUGCUAAUUAUUAUUUAUUCAGUGAUUCUUGAUAAAUAAGUAAUUUUUUUUAAUCAGUUGGCACACAAUAAUAAGACUAAGUGCAGGAUGAAGAAAUAAAGGAUUAUUUCACAUAUUUACAGGUCUGUUAAAAACACGUUAAACAUGACUAAACUAUUCAUGCAUGAUCAGUGACUGUACAUGGUUCUGCUGUCUAUGCUGGCAGCAGAGUGAGGAACUCCUGAUCUAGUCCCAUCUAAAUUGAUGAAGAACAAUAUUUGCACUCCUCACUCUUUUUGGCCAGUUUUGGCCUUUAAUUGAUAGAAAAAAAAAUGUGUCAGGAAAUGUGGGGGAAAGAGUUGGGGAUGACAUGCAGCAAACGGCCGCGGCCUGGAACCAGUGUGUCGAGGUCUGCGCCUGCUUUAGGGAGCCAAAUCAAGUCCAUUUGCACUCCUCAUCCUGUUAAAAAAAAAGGAUUUCAAAGUUUAUCCAAAGCUAAAAAAAAUAGUCGUUAUUUAAGUAGAUAAACAGCUUUUCAAUAUUCUUUCUUGAAGAUAAUGAUGUUUACCUAACACAUCUCAAGCUUCUUAUUGGCCCCAGAAACUUUUUAAUGAAUUUCACACAGAAUGAGGACUGUUAAUAUACACUUUAAACCUUUGAAACACCUGAGGAAGGCGCAUCUUUGCAGCCAGUAUCCACAGGAGGAACUACAAAUAUCACUUAAAAUUUUCAAAUAAAAAAUAUUUGAGGUUUUUUUUCAUCCUAAAAUGAAUUCAGUAAAUUGUGAACUAAUCCUUUACCUGUGUAGGUCACCUGCAGACUCUGACAGCAGCUUUCCCCCCCCCCCCCUCCUGUCACUCAGCGGUCUCUCUGUGAAGGUGACUCUGCCUGCCUGACGGACAAAAUGUUUGUGAACCUCAGUUUGUCUGAUCUCAGUCCUCACAUACUGUCACUGCAGUCACGCGUUACGAUGAAGGCUGAGUCAUAGUAAAUCCAGAGCUGAAAAGUCAGCAUCACUCAAAUGUCUGCAUAAAAAAAAACAUUCCCAGCUGAAUGAAUAAAUACAGAGUCUCCUGGCUGGGUGCUUUAAGCUCAGAUUUACCGACCUUUUUGGUGCUUGGUGGGUGAGCGAUGGUAUAGAGCGACAGAAGAUAUCAAACAUUAGUGAUUUUAACGUUUACUUCCUUUUUAUACAUUGACUCAUCUUAAUCAACUUAUGUAUAGCUCAUAAUGCUCUUGAAAAUGUUUUUAAACCAUGGAUAAGGGAUACUACAAGGAACUUCAUGAGGGAAUGAUAACACUGCACUGUGAAUCAUGGGAGAUAUUACUUACAUCUAAAUGAUGUCUUUAUCAAAAUAAAUAACUCUGCAUCAAAUGAUGA